ACGCAACAGAAUCGCACGCAUGCGCACUUGUGUGUUUUCAACGGGUGGCUUGUAUUUGCGUCUCAAGAUUUUAAAAUACUGUUUAACGUUACUGAAAUAAAUGUAGAUAGUAGUUUUUUCUUAUCCUUAAAUAAUAGUCAUUCCAAUGGAUUUGGAAACCGGGACAUACGAGCCAGGCUUUGUUGGGAUCCGGUUUUGUCAGGAGUGUAACAAUAUGUUGUAUCCGAAAGAAGAUAAGGAGAAUCGUAUCUUACUUUACGCGUGCAGAAAUUGUGACUACCAGCAAGAGGCGGACAACAGCUGCAUAUAUGUCAACAAGAUCACCCAUGAGGUUGAUGAACUGACCCAAAUCAUUGCUGAUGUAUCUCAAGAUCCAACGUUACCACGAACAGAAGACCAUCCCUGCCCUAAGUGCGGUCACAAGGAGGCAGUGUUCUUCCAGUCUCACAGCAUGAAAGCUGAGGAUGCAAUGAGACUUUACUACGUCUGCACAGCUCCUCACUGUGGACAUAGAUGGACAGAAUAGUGUGCAUGGCAACUUUGUCAGACAUCCUUUGAAUAUAGUUGUUUUAUUUGUUCUUUAUUAGGAGUCGUCAUUUUCAGACAGUUUUGUUAUCAAUACAAUGCAUUGUUUCAAUGACAGGUGUGUGUCAUUUUAUUGAUAGGAUCAGAAAUUCAAUGGUCAAGUGCAACAAGUAACCUCUAUAAAAUCACACUGUUCACAUCAUACAAAGGCAAUAACUGCUAUUCUUUUGUAUCAUUCUUGAGCUACUGUCCGAACAAUCUGCUGCCUUUGCAAUAGUGGUAGGUGCAUUGCCAAAUAACUUGAGAGUGGAUUUGCACUCAAUUAGGUACACCAUCCCAGUGCAAGUGAUCAGCCAGUAUGUAUAAUAAAAAUCAAGCUUUUACA